GGUGAUCUAUCGACAACAACUGCUUAUCCCGAUGGCCGUGGUUAUGACCGCGCGUCGUAUAAUGCUCGAGGCAGGCAAUCACCGUCUAGCUUCCCAGAUCCCAGAGUAGAUCAACAAGGUCAACAGGGUUACCAGACACCUAUAGGAAAUGGCUACCAAGGUCAACAGGGUUACCAGACACCUAUAGGUCAACAGGGUUACCAGACACCUAUAGGACAACAUGGCUACCAAGGUCAACAGGGUUACCAGACACCUGUAGGUCAACAGGGUUACCAGACACCUAUAGGACAACAUGGCUACCAAGGUCAAAAGGGCUACAAGACACCUAUAGGACAACAGGGUUACCAGACACCUAUAGGUCAACAGGGUUACCAGACACCUAUAGGACAACAUGGCUACCAAGGUCAACAGGGUCGCCAGACACCUAUAGGACAACAUGGCUACCAAGGUCAACAGGGCUACCAGACACCUAUAGGACACCAGGGCUACCAGACACCUAUAGGACAACAAGGUUACCAGACACCUAUAGGUCAACAGGGUUACCAGACACCGAGAGGACAACAAGGCUACCAGACACCUAUAGGACAACGUGGGCUCCCAGACACCUAUAGGUCAACAGAGCUAUCAACCACCCUCACUAUAUGCUACACAUACAUCUCCUAAUGGUGCACAUACGCAGAGUACCGUACACGGCCACACAUCACACGGGUGUUGCCACACAGGUUAGCUGGUGCAAAAUAUAGCAAAUGGCCAGCCACUAGCAGCAACAGGGUACUCUAAAGUGGUAAUGGCAGUAAUUUCUUGUUAUACACAGAACGAAGUAGCGAUCUCCUUCCAAUGUGAAUUGCAAUUAUUCUAACUACCCUUGAUUCGGUUAGGGUCACAUUAAGCCAUGCACUGGAGAAUGUGAAAGAGCUGUCUAUGCAACUGACUAGCCAACCAACGGCUUAACUCAAAAGCACUGUCUUGUAGUGCGACGACAAUGCUGCUGUACAAUACAGUAUUGACGUUGUCGACAUCAUCGGAAUUAAUGAUAAUAAUGCACAUCACCGAGCUAAAAUUGACACUGAUGCUCAAUUUGUGAAGUAGAAACCUGCUGUAAAAUUUUUGCAGAAAUCGGUGUGAUGAAAGUUGUCAUCGCAUAACGUUGGCGGCAGUGAUAGUAAUAUUAUAUUUCGUCAAUUUUUGGGUGGUCAAUGACAACUAUUCUACAGACACAUUUUUAAAGUGAGUGCCCUUGGUAGCUAAACAUAUACUAUUCCAAAUAUUUUGCAACAGAGUACUCGUGUUUUUAUACGCGUAAGGAAUAAAUAGUUAAGAGGGUAUAUAUAUAUAUAUAUAUAAUGUGUGUGUGUGCGUGCGUGCGGCGUGCGUGGUGUGGCGUGCGUGCGUGCG